GAAUAUGUCAUUUCUUUGUAUUAUAUAAUAUAGCAUAAUCAUAGUAAGACAUUCGAUGUGUGUAUUAUAGCUAGCCUGGUUACUGCUAGCUAGUCCGCUAUCAAUGUCAAAUCACCUGUAGCCGCCUGAUACAUACGGCCAACUACCCUUUAUAUAAGGCGGACUGGGUUGAACGGACUAGGUAGCUACUAGUCUCGCGUUGCCAUACCUCAAAGGUUCUCAACGAUGCUGGGUAGCAAGAAAAGACUAGCUAGUUGUUGAAAAUAGUUUUGACUGUUAUUGUAGCUGAAUAACCAGUCGCGUUUUCCGGCAUGUGCAGUUUAAAUUAGAACAAAUUAAAACUAUCAUAGAAGUUGUACGUGAGGGGUCUCCGGUGUCGCCUUUGCGAGACUACCUUGUUCUGUGGGGGUGACCAUGGUUUGAGACAACAAUGUCUGCCCGCAUUCCGCUGGUCCUCCUGGCCUGCGGCUCCUUCAACCCCAUCACCAACCAGCACAUGCGGCUGUUCGAGCUGGCCAGGGAUCACCUGCACCAGACAGGUCAGUUCCAGGUGGUGGGCGGGAUUGUGUCUCCGGUGAGUGACGGCUAUGGCAAGCAGGGCCUGGUGUUGGCCAAGCACCGCAUCGCUAUGGCGAGGCUGGCACUGCAGAGUUCAGACUGGGUCUCCGUUGACGAUUGGGAGAGCCAGCAGCCCGACUGGACAGAGACAGUGGUCACAAUGAGGUACCAUUAUGGUCGGAUACUGAAGCAGUACCAAGAGGGCACAGGGAAGGACAGUGGUCCAACCACAAACCCCCAUCAUCUCACAAGCUCCUCUCCCAGGCUGAAGCUGCUGUGCGGAGCUGACUUCCUGGACACCUUCAAGGUGCCGGGCCUGUGGCUGGACGACCACGUGGAGGAGGUGGCGAGCCGCUUCGGCCUGGUCUGUGUCAGCCGGGGGGGCCUGGAGCCCGAGCUCGCCGUGCACGAGUCGGAGACACUUUCACGCCAUUGGCGAAACAUCUUCCUAGUGCGCGAGUGGGUCCGCAACGAGACCAGCGCCACGGAGGUCCGGCGGGCCCUGAGACGAGGCCUCAGCGUCAAGUACCUCCUCCCAGAUUCUGUCAUCAAGUAUAUCCACCAGCACAACCUCUAUACCGGGGAUAGUGAGCUGAAGAAUAAGGAUGUGCUAUUGAGGCCGCUUACCAAGCAGACAGAGAUGCCUGUGAAAACUCUGGAUGAUUAACUGAGAGACUGCCAUUGGCCUUCAUUGAUGGAAGCAAGCAUAUAAUGUGCCAAUAGCAGAUACAUCUACUGACUGUGCAAGAACAGGCCAUGUGGCCCAUAACUAGUUCACUUCUGUCAUCUCGGUUGAAUAUGUGGCACACCACACGCACAAUGUUUUUCCAUCAGUGGGUGCCUUUUUUAUAAGCAGAUUUAUACACAUUUGUUAGUGUUGGCAAACUUGGUGUAAUAGCAAAGACAUUUGUGCAGCAGUGCAGAUGUCUAGAGAGACCAGAUAAGAAUUGUGGUUGACGCAGUGGAUUGUAGUAAGCUGGACUAGUUUAGGAUGCUCCUAAACUAUUGCUGACAUGUAAUCUGUUUUGGAAGAGAUGCGAUCAUCACCUCCAACAGCCCGUAGAUACAGUGUGGGUAUGUGCUGGUUGGCUAGUCUACAUGAUCAGAUUAUUAUGGAUAAGAGCAAGAAUAUUUUUUGGGGCAAAAGGCAGUCGAGCAUCGAUCAUCAUGACACCAGAAUAAGAUCCUCGAUAUUUAUUGGAAUUUACCAUCAAGCUCAUCACCGUGCACUUUCAACACCCUGUGAAGCUCAUCACCGUGCACUUUCAACACCCUGUGAAGCUCAUCAUAACUGUAGCCUAAUAAACAGUAUGCUUUCUCGAGUCGUAGUGGGAGGACCACACACCACUCCAAGUUUACUUCGAUAUGAUGAUGAUAUCACUAUUUGCACAUGAAGGCAUUUCCUCCACAUUCCUUGCGUAAUUCAUUUUGCGGAUACAAAAAGAACCCACCCACCAUGUCGAAUGAACAAACUAUUUGUCGGUAUUCAUAAAAUUGUACCAAAACGUUCUGUUUCAAUCACAGCUGUCAUUACUUUUUUUUAUACAGUAUGACUUUACUCGCAUAAAAACUGUGGAUGGAAACGUAGUUUAUGUUACCGAUAGGCCAACACUUAGCACUGUUUUAUAUGGCCACUGUGCAAAUGCAUGUCAAGACUGGUUGGUCAGCUUAAAACACGGCUAGGCCUAAUCAAAUUAGCAUAGAGUUGUACAAUUUAUGGUGUCAUUUUUUUUUAAAUGCACCCCCCGCCCCAAUGUAAAAAUAUUUUCAAUAAUGUUUAUGCCCACAAAUAACAAAUGUAGCAACCCUGUGUUUAUAAACAUGGAUAUAGACUUUGACACUUCAGCAUGCUUUUGUGGCACAGUCGAUGCCACGCAGGUCUAUGGGCCAGAAGGUUGAGGGUUCACCGAGAGGAACCACAGAGGAGCUCACUCUCCCUGCACGUUUUAUCACUGGUAGGCCUGAAACAUUCUUCCUCACCUCAAGUUCAACUGUCUGAGUCAGUUGGAGCAACUGCCUUCAUAUCAUAGGCUUGCAGUUGCUAAAGCUUAAUAAAAACCACACCAAACCUUCACAAAAGUUUGUAAACUUGAGUGUAAUGUCAAAAGUCAAGCCAUUGUUUAUAGGGAAUAUAAAGUAAGAACAGGCCAUUAUAUUGCAGCAAACACCAUAAGUUGGAACUUAAUUUGGCCUAAGAAAAUGUCUCAACUGAAUGAAAUACAACAAUUGUUAACUGGUUUAAACCUUAUUGACGUAAUUACCAACAAAGGCAAGUGCAUACUAUGCACAACAAAUUACAGAAAUAGAUUCAUAUAUAUCAUAUACAGACCUACAUAUAACCUAGCUUAAACUAAAUAUGGAGCACACAAUUAAAAAGACUGAUAAAAUGUAAUUUAGCCAAUAAAUGUCUCAACAGAAUUAAACAAAACAGGUUUUGCGUAUUUAAAAUAAAUAAUAAAAAAGUGUUCUAUUAAAUAAAUAGGCUUACAAUAAUUUAUAUACAAUAAUAAGGAUAAAACAAGUUAUUAGAAAUACAUUUAAGUUUCAAAUUGCAUCCUACCUGAAUAGGGAGUUGCCACAGUAGCCUCUAUUGGGCCAUGCCAAUGUUCUUCUCAUCUUCCACUACAAUAUUAAAACUUAUAUUAAAUUCCCCUUGUAGACUUUUCACUAUAGGUGUACUCUUUUUCAUCUAACUUUUGUUUUACUUCAAUGAAAAAGCCAUCUAUCUUCACAAUCAACAGUGGCCGCACACAGUCUAUAUAUUAUUUACAUAUCAAUACAUACACAAACUAUCUAGGUCAAAUAGGGGAGAGACGUUGCUUAA